GCAUUUGCUUUCUUUUCUCUCACCCUUAACUUAUUCACUUUGUUGCUGUUGUUUCCUGGUUUGGAAACUAAAUAAUCCAGAAACUCCUCAGUUUCUGCUGUGAUAGGAGGAAAAUUCUGAUUAUAUCAAAAGCAAAUGGCUUCUCCAAGUCCUCUCAAGAGAAACAAGGCAUCCCAACAGUACUGUUAUUAUGAGGGAUUUUUAGAGAAAAGGAGUCCAGAAGAUAAGGACUUCAUAAAGUACUGGGCUGCCCUCCGAGGAAACACUAUCUUCUUCCAUAGCAAUGGCAGAAGCAUUGAAUACGUGGAAAAACUGGAGCUAGACAUGUUUCAGUCACUGGUUGAUGACAACAGCAAGGAUGCAAACCAAAAGAAUGUCAGAAUGACCCUGAAACUGCAGAACAAAACUGUGAAGUUAAAGGUAGCCAGCUUUGAAACCAAGGAAUUGUGGAAAGGAUUUAUCCUAGCAGUAACAAAGCUUGAAGUGCCAACAAACUUGGCUCUGCUGCCUGGACAGAUUCAUCGGCUUACAGAAGUUGUGAAUGAAGAGAAGGAACGUCUCAGCAAACUGACCAGCUCCUUGCCACCAUCACCGACACCAUCAUCAAAGCCAGCUACAUCCAAAAAAACAGUCACACAAAGCAAAGACACAAAUACUUCCCUUCCACAGUGCUUUUAUCGAGUGUCACGUCUGGAGGCAGAGGCUUUACUGGAAAGGCAUGCUAAUCAAGGUAACAUGGUACUGAGACCUGCAGGUGACAAUAGUGGUGUUGCUGUAUCCACAUGCCAGAAAGUGAAAGGCACUCCAGAAUACAAACAUUACAAGAUACGCACCAUCACCAAUGGCUACAUCAUUGAUAUAGAGCCUCAAACCGACUGGACUGAUAGUUGGUUCUGCUGCUUUAAACAAAGAAAUUCAAGAGGAAGGAAGGUAUUUUGCAAGACACUGCAGGAGGUUGUGGAAUACUUUGUUGUGAACACAAAUGGAACGCUAGUGCCCCUCUUCAUGGAUACAGAAUAUGAAAAUAAUAUCUGUUAUAUUGCAAAUGAUGAAGAAAAUGGAGAGAGGGUGGUUAAGAAUGUUGCACCAACAGCUCUAAAUAAAGCAAGUGAUGUGACAAAUACAAUGACUUUGACCCUUGCUAACAAAAGCCCACGUCAGAAUCAUAUUUCACAUUUUAAAGAACCAGAACCAAAACCAGAACCUGUGGAGCAGGAGUAUCUGAAUGAGGAAGAUGCGCCUAACACAAUAACUCUUGAAGUACCCAGGGUCAAACACGAUCAUUUAAGACAUUCAUUUUCAAAGGAUGAUGAGCUCAGUGAUGAAUUGAAAGAAAAGUUAAAAAUGCGGAGAAAAGUUAUGAAGAACUGAACAUUUUUCUGAUGUCGUUGAGUUGAUCACUGUGUGAUAAUCUUUCCUCACAAAAGAAAUUGCAGAGGCUCCUGACUGUCAGGGAGAACAAAUAAAAUCAUGUGAAGGAGAAAGUUAAGGAGAGGCUGAGAUGACCUUUUGCAAUGGCAAGAAGAGUUUUCAAAUUCACAUAACAAGAGAGGAUCAACACCCCUAAGGUGUGCUGUAACAAGUGGACAUUUUACUAUUGUAUUAAGACUGUUUCAAAAUGAAGAUUCCCCACAAAACUCCCUGCCUCAGUUUUAUUAAGUUGCGUACUUGCUAAUUCCUUUCCUUGGUUAAAGAGUAAUGUAUAACCACUAAUGUGGAAUAUUUAAUGCUUAUCAUAAAAGUAGGCUUCAGUUGUUUUUAGGUUAAUAAGAAGUCCAUGGUAUACCAGUCACAUCUGCUACAUACAGGAAUUCUGAUAGCUGAACUGAACCACCUGGUCCUCACACCUGUGUGAUGUGUAUUUCUUCCAAAAAGGCAGCAACACUGGCAUUUGUGAAGCUCGUAUGUUUUAAUGUUUUACACACACACACACACACACACACACACACACACACACACACA